UGAUGUCACAGCUCCCCUGCCUGGCAGCUCCAGCGCCAUCCUGUGUUAAUCAGCCCAAGUGCUGCAGUGAGAGGGGCAGGGUGCAGGCAGCACUGGGUCCAGUCUUGUUCCUACAGCCCCAGCAUGAGUCCAUCUACAAAGAAGAGGCCGAAGAAUAAAGUGGCUUCUAAGAUGCAAGAUGAGAGACUGCAGAACAAGAGAAAGCAGCCUGUGAGCAAAGUCAUUGAGCGGAGCCGACUUAAAAUGGUAUUAAAAAACUUGUCCCUCUUGAAACUAUUCAAGAGCUCGAAUAGCCGGAUCCAAGAACUCCACAGGCUGGCCAGAAGGUGCUGGAAUUCAAUGCUCAGAGUUCCAAAGAUCCUGCAAAUCUCUUCUAGGGACAAUGAUGUCUGCAAGAAAGUGAAACAAAAUAAUGCAGAGCUCCAAGACGUUAGGGUCCUUGAGAAGAAAUCAGACUCUAAGAAGGCACAGUCCGUAAAGAAACCUAAGCAAAAAACAUCCAAGGACUGGAAGCCCAAGCAAGGAUCUAAGGGGUCACCUGCAGCUGUGACAAGGAGAAAAAAGCAGACAAAGUCUAAAGUAUCCAAGACAUCAAAGAGUCGUGGCUUGCAAACCAGAACCCAGAAGAGGAAAGCAUAUGUUAAGAAGCCCCGAGUUGUCUUCUUGAAGACCUACCAUCACAGGACUCCCAUGGGGGACAUGAAGGCACUGGAUAUAACUGACCAGUUGGUCUGGUUUGAGGGGCUUCCCACCCGCAUACACAUCCCAGGGCGCCGGAUCAUGUGCAGAUCGUCUACCUUACGGUGCCUCAAGCGUUCCUGCACCCGUCUCUGCUCUGCAUCAAUUUGAGCUGCCUACGCACCAUCCAUACGAGGUGGUGUGUAACCCUGGACGGGAACUUGUAUAAAAGAAGUAGAGAUCCUGCUAUCGGCUUAGUGGAAGGGAUAGUCAAGAAAGUCGCAAGUCUACAAAUAAAAUCUCCCCUAUG